AUGGAGGGCGUACGGAGGCUUGUUCUCUUUGCUGUGGGGAACCCUGGGGCCAUGAACAGACACUCGGCGGGCCAUUAUAUGUUGAGCCAUCUAGCUAGUAGUUCAGGCUUAGAGAUUGGUGAUGGAAACAAUUACUAUUCUGUGGGUCAUUCUGAUGAAUUAUCUCUUGUAAAGUCUUUAGUAUAUAUGAACGAGUCUGGGAAGGCUUUAGGACUGUACUUGCGUGCAACUCCUCUAGAUCUGGAUCUGGAUGCCUUGGUUAUUCUUUACGAUGAUUUUGAAGUAAAUCUGGGGAAAGUGAAAAUCUCACCAAUGAAAUCUUUAGAAUCUCACAAUGGACUUAGUAGUUGUCUAAAGACAAUUAAAAAAUUACACAUAGAUACCCAAAAUAUUUUCAAAUUGGGAAUAGGUAUUGGUCCCAAACCAAAGAAUACAAACCCAUUACAAAUGUCCUCAUGGGUAUUGGCAAGGUUCCAAGAACAAGAACUAGCCAAUCUAGACUCAACUGCUCUAGCAAUGUCUUUAGAUUAUUUACAGUUUAUCAAAUCCCAACCAGUAAAGGCAGUCCCUGAAGAAACUUCCCGGUUGAACAAAGUAUUUGCUAAAAAGUUCCAAAAGGGUCUUUACAAGUAA